UUGAAGGAAAGAGAAAAAAGAAAUGGGGUUCCAUAAUUAUUUGGUAUGGUUUUUCAUUGUCUAUGCGGUAUGCAAAGGUCCUGCAGUUGCUAAGGGCCUCGGAUGCAACUGGGGAACUCGUGCCUCACAUCCAUUGCCACCCAACAUCGUAGUCAAGCUAUUGAAGGACAAUGGGUUCGAUAAAGUGAAGCUCUUCGAAGCCGAACCUGCACCAUUAAGGGCUUUAGGAAGAUCUGGGAUUGAGGUUAUGUUGGGAAUACCCAAUGACUUCUUGGCACCACUUGCGAGUACCGUGCGAGCUGCCGAGGACUGGGUUCAACAGAACGUCUCCUUGUAUAUUUCCAAGUAUGGUGUGGAUAUAAGGUAUGUUGCUGUUGGUAACGAACCUUUUCUCAAGACCUAUAAGGACACUUACAAACAAACUACGUUUCCCGCGCUACAAAACAUCCAAGCUGCACUAAUCAAAGCCGGACUAGGUAGACAAGUGAAGGUAACAAUCCCAUUGAACGCAGAUGUGUACCAAACGGACAACAAUCUACCUUCCGGCGGCGACUUCCGCUCCGACAUCCGUACGCUCAUGGUGUCCAUCAUCAGAUUCCUCAGCGACAACGGUGCACCACUCACCAUCAAUAUCUAUCCGUUCCUUAGUCUCUAUGCUGACCCCCAUUUCCCAGUGGACUACGCGUUCUUCGAUGGAACUUCUUCCUCGGUUGUGGAUGGUUCCAUCUCUUACACUAACGUUUUCGAGGCCAAUUACGAUACUCUGAUUUGGGCUCUUCAGAAGAAUGGGUUUUCAUCAGUUCCUAUCAUUGUUGGGGAAGUCGGAUGGCCCACAGAUGGUGAUCCCAACGCAAACUUGGAGUACGCCCGUAGGUUCAACCAAGGCCUUGUCAAUCGUAUAGUCCAAGGCAAAGGCACCCCAAAACGUCCCAACCCACCCGACAUUUACCUUUUCGGACUGGUGGAUGAGGAUAUCAAAAGCGUUGAACCCGGAAACUUCGAGCGGCAUUGGGGUAUUUUCUACUUUGAUGGGGCGAUUAAAUACUCCUUGGACUUGGGUAAUGGUCGGAAUCUAGUCGCAGCUAAGGGCGUUGAAUAUUUGGCAAGGCAGUGGUGUAUUAUGUCGCCUGAAGCAAAUAUUAUGGACUCAAAUUUUCCGGAGAGCAUUAACUAUGCAUGCACAUAUGCGGAUUGCACCAGUCUGGGAUAUGGCUCAUCUUGUGGUGGGUUGGAUAUAAGGAACAAUGCCUCGUAUGCUUUUAAUAUGUUCUAUCAGACCGAAAAUCAACAGAAGGGAGCAUGCCAAUUCUCCAAUCUAUCGGUCAUUACAACCGUAGAUCCAUCUCAAGAAAAUUGCAGGUUUGAGAUCAUGAUUGAUGUGGGCAAGCACGAACAAACCAAGACACCCAGCAGCGCUUCAUCGGGUAUAAGAAGCCACCAAAAUUCAAUGAUAAUUCUCAUAUUUGUUACGACGAUGAUGAUGUGGAUCACCAUCAUCACAAGUACUACUGUUGUUCAUUAAUUAUUGAGAUAUCAGAUAUCGAUGCACGCACAAAUGAAUUGGAUUAUAUUGAAGGAGAUGAGCUAGCAGCCUCCCCGGUCACUCCCAGAGCUUCUGUGCAAAUCACGCCACGCCAUAAUGCAUGGUUGGUUCAAAACGAGGCGCCCGCAUCACCUUAAUUUAAGGAAUUGAAGGGCAUCGGAAUAUGUAUUGAACUAGUUUCUCUAGCCACUUCUAGUUUUUUUUUUUCUUUUGUAACGCAUUAAUUUUAUUCAAUUCUACUACAUGAAUCGGAUCGCUCUACAAAUUA